AUUAAUUGGGGAAGUUUUUAUGUAUUCUUGACGUCAUUGAGUGACACAUAAAGACACGCCUGCUGUUUAACUUGGAUGUGUUUCCUGUGAUGAAACCGAGAAAAUCCCAGCAGACUUAUAACUCUUACGACAUCUCUAAACAAAUGUGUGUCAGUGAAUGGGCAAAAAGUCUAAGUGGCCAUUACUGUCAUGAUUCAGGUAGUAAAAGUAAGCUCGAAUUGUGGGAACGGUUCCUCCUGGGAAGAAGUUGCAACCGGCAAAAUCCAUAUGACGAAACCCUUAACGGACGUAAAGAUCGGCAACGUGAGCGCGUUUGCAUUUUCCUAAGUCGUGGAGUUUCGCCCACGUAACGCACUUUGCUAAAAGUUCCCGUUGUUGAUCAAUCUCAAUGGGUUUAAAUAGAGCAGAUGAAGUCAAAUGUUCAUUACACUUCUACAACACACCAUGGAGUCUCUGUAUCUCCUCCUCGCAGUCCACUGCUGUGUCACGCUCCUCUACGCAGCUCCGCUUCCACAGCACGACGCGUUGACUCGCGUGGUGGAGCGCGGCGUCAGUUUAGUGAAGAAGAUUCUCAACGACAUUCCGCGAGUGCACGAAGCAUACGUCAAAAAAACGGGUUUGGACCUUGAACUCUCCAGUGAAUCGCACGACUUGGAGUAUUUAUUAAGUGACUUUGGGAUUCCUGCGCCACCGGUGCUCAAGUCGAUAUCAGAGGAGUUUACUUUGACUAUGAGCUUGAGUCAUAUGGUUGAAGGUUUGGAUCUACACCACGAGCUUCUGCAGGACAUAAUGAGCUCCACUGAAACACGUGACAGUCUGCUUGCAGAUAUAAAAGAGUUGGCUGAUCAGAUCAAAGAGAUGCAGAAGUUGGUACAGAUUCCCGUCACAGUAUGCAAGAGAAAUCUUCCUGACUUCUCUUCACGACUCAACAGUAAUUAUAAAGUCCAGGUAGCCGCUCAUCUGUCACUUCAGCAGCUGAACAGAUUUACACAAGCUGUCUUCCGGGGUCUGCGUCACAUUGCUAACCUGAACCAGUUCUGUGCUAAACCACAAAAUCUGCUGGACAAACAGUGUGUAUGGUAAUGGUUACCUGUUAUCAUACACGUAAGGUCAAGGGUUCGGCCUAAUACCAAGCUGGGAGCAUUCGUCCCGGACAGCUGCUCUAGUCCUGCCUCACAGUUAACUAGUUCGCCUGUCUUAAUCGAGACCCAAGUUCCACCUCCUGUAACAGACUGCAAAGAGGAAGAAAGAGAGCAGUGAAGGAGAAAAUGGGGAGGGAUGCCAGAAGAAUUGCAGCUGGAUGUAGAGGCAUGGAGACCUUAUGUACGCUCUUAUUGACGAUUGACAGGCCUGAAUGUAGACUCCUCCCGAACCUUUGUUAAGAACUUAAUUAAAAGAGCCAAUCGUCAACCAUUAAAGAAUGGAAUCUUCUGGGGAAGGGACACGACUUCCUAAAAAAGCUUUCUUUUAAAAGGAUACAUAUCACUAAUUUUAUCUGACAACUGCUGUCCUGGAUAUUAUGUAAAUAUUUAUUUAUUUAUUUAUUGUUGGUAUUGUUCGUUAUUUAUAUUUACAGUGGAUGUAAAUGAUGUGAUGUUUUUCUAUUUUUCUUGGACAAAUAUAAUUUAUUUAUUUAUCUAUUUAUGUAUUACUCAUUCACUAUUGAGUCCACUAUAUGGGGAAGAAGCAUUAUUUUGGAAUAAUGGAUUGUACUGUAAAAUAGUAAAAAGUUUACUUUCUUACUGUUUAUCACAUUUGCAAUGUUUAUUGUAUUUUUUGAUAAUAAAAUGAACAAAUCAA